UAUGGCGAUCAUUGUUUUGACAUUUUUACAGAUCAUAGAUUGAUGAAAUAGAAAGAGAGAGAAAGAGAAUCUCACACCCCAAGCUCACUCCUCCUCCUCCUUCUUCUCAUCACCUUCCUAAUAAGAAGAGAAUACGAAUUGCAUUGUUGUACUUCCAUUCAUUCCCCUUUAUAAGUUCAAACCCAAAAACCACCCUCACCAUUUGUCUCAAUCUUUGUCCUCUCUCAAUAUCUCCCUUUUCCACCACCAAGGAUCUAGUAUUUUUUUCUCAAAGAGCACCAAAGAGUAGUUGAUCAGUUAUUGUUUUGGUGGAGAGUUUAAGGUUUUAAUUAAAUCAAGAGAUCAAUGGGAUUGAGUACUAAACAAGUUUCCUCCAAUGAUCAUCAACACCAUGCACUUGAUCAUUGGGGUCAAACUUUGUUAGAAUCAUCAUCACCUGGAGGAGGUAUAGUUGGUGAGAAUCCUCAUCAGUUCCCCAAUAAGCCCAAUUCAUCCAAGAGGAAUUUGAAUCAUCACCAAAAACAACAACAACAACAACAGAAUAAUCAACCAGAGCCAUUGAAGUGUCCAAGGUGCGGUUCAAUGAACACCAAGUUUUGUUACUACAACAACUACAACAAAUCUCAGCCUCGCCAUUUCUGCAAAGCUUGUAAGAGGCACUGGACUAAAGGCGGCACUCUCCGCAAUGUCCCCGUUGGCGGUGGCCGGAAAAACAAGCGUCUCAAGAUAUCUUCUAACCCUCCUUCCACCACCACCACCACCACCCCUUCAUCAGUUGCAGCCGCCGCCAAGAACAAUAAUAAUAUUAAUAACGUUGAUCAUAGUUUUCCUCUAACAUCUUCUGUUUCAAAUGAUGCAAUCAAUAGUUUAAGUGGGAAGAGCUGGAUGAGCAGCAUCAAGAACACUACUUUUAGCAGCAGCCCAAUGUUUUCACUUGGUCAUCAAGAUCAUCAGAGUCUUCAAUUUUCAUUCUCUAGCUUGAGCCCAUUUGAUACAAUCCCAUCUUCAUUUCCCUCUUCAAAUUUAUCCUUGGGAAACAAUAUUUAUGAGUACAACACAGGAGGGGAUCAGCUUGAUCAUGUGGAAUCAACUACUUCAACCAUUACUACAGUUACUCCUCCAACAACUACUACUACUACUACAGCUUCUGCAGUUUUUAAUUCUCAUUCAUGGCAGCAGCAGCAGCAAGGUGAUCCAGCAGCAAAUGAUGCAGCUGAAAUGCCCAGUUAUUGGAACUGGAAUGUUUCAGAUCCUUUUGUUUCAACUGACAUCAACGUAUCAUGGGAUGAGUUGUAAUAAGGUUCGGCCAUGAAGAAUGAAGAUGAAGAGAAGUUUGAAGAGAUUUUUGCAUUUGCAAAUUGAGAAGGAUGUGACCUUUUUUUUUUUUUUUUGAAGCCAUCACAUCAUUUGGGACUUUUUUAGUUUCUUCUCGCUUAAUUAAUUUGGGAAUUAAGUGAUGAAUCCAAUCAAUGUACAGGAAGAGUUCCUAACCGGGGUGGUAGUAAGUAAAGCUUUUAGCUUUGGUAGUAUUCUUCAUAGUGAAUUAUUUGAGGUGAGGUUUUUUGUGUGUUUGUUUGUUUUUUUUCUUUUCUUUUACCAUUUCAUCAAAAGAAAUGUGUAAUUAAUUAAUAUGGUUUGAUUGAUUGAAGCUGUGUGUUUUUAUGAUCAGCUUCACUUCAUUAAUGGAAUUAGCAACUGGUUUUCUUUCUGUUUAAGGAAGGUUUGAAAGGAUCCAUCAUUCCAAAUUAUUUGCUCCUGUUUCAUUAAAUGUUUUUGUAGGGUUGUUGUUUUAAAGGCUUUUGUGAGCCAUGAAAUGUUCUAACACACAUAUCUGGAACAAGAAUUGGAUUUGACAGGGAUGAAUGAAUGAAUGAAGCAACGGCCCGACUGAGGGGGUCUGAUUCCAGCUAGGUUCGUAGGGCAGCAUUAGCUUAGGAUGUGAUGGAAGAUUCUUUGCAGAUAGACAAAAUAAAAAAUAAAUAAAAAAAAAAAAACUGUGUAUUUGUUUUUGUUGGAAAUGACGUGAUGUUCUUUUCCAUAAUCUCUACAUGAGGUUUGAUUACUGUUUGGAUGGGGCCAUAUUUGUGUACCAUAAUUUCAUUUAUUUAUAGGGCCAUAUUACCAGAUAUCCAUCUUUGGAGUUUGGACAGUUCAAGCGUC